AUGGUGUGGAGUCAAUUAGAGCUUGAAACUCCUCAUAUAGCGUAUGCUUGUGUGGGGAUAUUUAGUACUCUAUUCUCUCUUGUAUCAUUAUUUGUUAAAGAAAGAUUAUAUAUUGGUGAAGCAACCGUUGCAACAAUAGCAGGUCUUAUACUAGGACCUCAUUGUCUUGGAUGGUUUAAUCCAGUUACUUGGGGUAAUACUGAUUAUAUAACUCUUGAAAUUUGUCGAAUAGUAUUGUGUAUUCAAAUAGUUGCUGUAGCUGUCGAAUUACCAAGAAAAUAUAUGAAAAAGCAUUGGUUAUCAGUUGCAAUAUUUUUAUUACCUGUAAUGACUUGUGGUUGGUUAAUUGUUGGAUUAUUUAUUUGGGUUUUAAUCCCCCAUUUUAAUUUUAGUGAUGCAUUAUUAGUAAGUGCUUGUGUAACAGCUACUGAUCCUGUUUUAGCAGCUGCAGUUGUUGGUAAGGGGAAAUUUGCUGAAAGAGUUCCUGGUCAUUUAAGAAAUUUAUUAUCGGCUGAAUCAGGUUGUAAUGAUGGAAUGGCAUUUCCAUUUAUUUAUCUUUCAUUAAAUUUAGUUUUAUAUCCUGGUCAACCAGGAAUAAUUAUAAAAGAUUGGAUAACUUUAACCAUAUUAUGGGAAUGUAUCUUUGGUUGUAUUUUAGGUACAUUUAUUGGUUAUUCAUUAAGAAAAUUAGUAGCAUUUGCAGAAACAAAAAAUUUAAUUGAUAGAGAAUCUUUUCUUGCAAUUUUUAUAUUUUUAGCCUUUAAUUCUGCUGGUAUUGGUUCAAUGUUAGGAGUUGAUGAUUUAUUAGUUUCAUUUGCAGCUGGUACAUCAUUUGGUUGGAAUGGAGAAUUUGCUAAAAAAACUGAAGAAUCUCAUGUAUCAACAGUAAUAGAUUUAUUAUUAAAUUUAGCAUUUUUUGUUUAUUUAGGAGCUAUUAUACCUUGGCCUCAAUUUAAUAAUGGUGCACUUGGCUUGGAUGUUUGGAGAUUAAUUAUUUUAGCAAUUGUUAUUGUAUUUUUAAGAAGAGUUCCUGCCGUUUUAGCUUUAAAACCAUUUACUCCUGAUGUCAAAACUUGGAACGAUGCAUUAUUUUGUGGACAUUUUGGUCCAAUUGGUGUAGGAGCUGUAUUUGCAGCUAUUUUAGCUCGUAAAGAUUUAGAAGCUCAUUAUACAACUGAAGAAACUCCCUUGGCUGAAUUACCUAAUGAAUCUCAUCCUCAUUAUCAAUUAAUUGCUACCCUUUGGCCUUUAGUAUGUUUUAUUGUAAUAACUUCAAUUGUAGUUCAUGGAUCUUCAGUAGCAGUUUUAACCCUUGGUAGAAGAUUAAAUAAAAUGGCAAUAACUUUGUCAUUUACAAUUACUGAAAAUAAUGAUCAACCUGGUUCAUGGUUUGAUAGAUUAAAUGAAAAAGUUAGAUUAAAUGAUUUAGAAAAAAAUGAAUCUAUUUCUUUAAGCAGAAUAGAUACUGAUGCUCCACCAAAUUUUUCAAGAUCUAAUAGUAUUGAAACUAGUGGUAUAAAAGUUCGACCUGCUGGUGGAGCUAAAAGAAAGAGAAGAAAGAGAAAGACUGGUGGACCAGGAUCUAGAUUAAAAAAUACUCUUUCAAAGGUUACAACUCAAGAUCAACCUGAUUUAAUUAAUAAUCCAACUUUUGAAAGACAAAGACCACAACCAGAAGUUUUACAAUUGGGUAGUAAAUCUCAACCAUCAACUUCGGCAGAGGAAUCUCCAGUUAAAUUAAGUGAUACAUCAUCAUCAACUGGUCAAGGAUCUUCUAAAACAGCAGCCACCAAUGUUUCAUAUAAUAAAGAAUCUGGUCAUGAAGAAUUUGGUGAGAAAUUAUCUGAGCCUGAAAAGCCUAUUCCUACAACCAUGGUUCAAGAUGGUGAUACAUUAAUUGUUGAAGAUCAACAUGGAGAAAUUCUUGAUACUUUUAAGACUACAUCUCCAACACCUUCUCCAUCUCGUCGUCCAAGUGUAUCUCCUGGCCCUGGUCUUGAUGAAUCUGCAAGUAUUCAUUCUGAAGGUUCACUUCGUCGUCAUAUUUCUCGUUAUUCAUUCUCAUCUGAUGAAGGUGGUGAAGCCGCUUCAUCGGAUAAUGAGAAAUCUAUUGAUCGAGCAUUAUCCAGAACAAUUAGUGGUAAGAAAAAACUGAUGUAUAAUAAGAAGAAUCCAAAGCAAAGAGUUAAUGUUUAUAGAAUGGAUAAUUUAAUUAUUGUUGAGAAUUUAGAUGGUGAAGUCAUUAGAAGAUUUAAGAUUAAUCAUAAACCUAGAAAAUCAUCAGUUAGCAAUACAACAAAUACUCCUGAAAUUAAUGAAAUAAGAGGUAGAUCAGGUUCAAUUGUUGGACGUGCAUUAGCAUAUGUUGGAUUUAAAAAUAAAGAUGAAAAUGCGAAUGUACCUACUAUUAAUAUUAGUGAAUCAAAGCCAAGUCAAGAGCCUUCUACUUCUACUGCUACUAAUCUGAAUAUUGCUACUGGAAAUCAACAGUACUUGUCUAUUAGACCCAGAAGAAGGUCACCAUCGAUUCGUGAACGGGAUGAAGAAGAAGAAGAAGAAGAAGAAGAAGAGGAUGAAAACUUGUCGCAAGACUCUGAAGAUGCUGAAGAUUCUGAAGAUGAAAUGGAAACGGAAGUUGAAAGAAGAAGAAGAUUGGCUGCGCUUGGCAAACUUCCUGCUGCUCGUGAUGAAGAUGAUGAAGAAGAUUAG